AUGGGGCGGGGCCUGCGUGAGGAGCCCUUGGAGAGAGAGCUGAGUUGUGCCCUGGCCUUGGGAAGCCUGGUGGUGCAGGCCCGCGUCAGGCGCCGGGUGGAAGCUGGGAACGCCUUUCCCCUUCCCUGCAGAAGUUUCCAGCGCGCUCUGGAGACGACGUCUGUUGGCCCGGGGCUUGGCGCUUGGCAGUUCCUGCUCCACCGGUGCCAGCUCCUGCGGCGGCAGGUUUCCCGAGCGGGCGCGGCCACCCCCAGGCCGCAGGCGCCGGGCGCGUGGAGCGGGGGCGCGGCUCUGGGCUUUCCACACCCGACUGCGCUCGCUGUGCGCACCGCGCUCCGGGAAGGGAGAGCGCCUAGCGGCGGCCGCACCACGCGGCCCGGGAUGGCGGCGGCCCCGCGCGCGCCGGGCUGCGCACUUCACUGCGUCCUGCUGCUGCUGCUGUGGCUGCCCCUCAACUUCGGCGUGGCCGCCCAGAACCCCGAGCCCGCAGUCGGGCUCAGUCUGCACCCGCCCUAUUUCAACCUGGCCGCAGCGGCGCGGAUUUGGGCCACCGCCACCUGUGGGGAGCGGGAGCCUGGCGGGGGGCGGCCUGAGCUCUACUGCAAAUUGGUUGGAGGGCCCAACGCCCCUGGGCGCGGCCACACCAUCCAGGGCCAGUUCUGUGAUUUUUGCAAUUCUGAAGACCCCAGAAGAGCACAUCCAAUAACCAAUGCAAUCGAUGGAAGCGAACGCUGGUGGCAAAGUCCUCCUCUCUCUUCAGGCACACAGUACAACAAGGUCAAUGUCACCUUGGAUCUAGGGCAGCUUUUCCAUGUGGCCUAUGUCUUAAUCAAAUUUGCAAAUUCUCCUCGCCCUGACCUUUGGGUCUUGGAAAGAUCUGUGGACUUUGGAAGCACGUAUUCUCCUUGGCAGUAUUUUGCUCAUUCUAGACGGGACUGCUUGGAAGAAUUUGGGCAAGAGGCAAAUACGGCGAUCACGCGGGACGAUGAUGUCCUUUGUGUUACUGAGUAUUCUCGAAUCGUCCCUUUGGAAAAUGGCGAGGUUGUGGUAUCUCUGAUAAAUGGCCGGCCAGGUGCGAAAAAUUUUACUUUCUCUCAAACCCUGAGGGAGUUUACCCGAGCAACCAACAUCCGCCUGCGUUUUCUCAGAACCAACACCCUUCUGGGCCAUCUCAUCUCCAAAGCGCAGCGAGAUCCCACCGUCACGCGGCGUUACUACUACAGCAUAAAGGACAUCAGCAUUGGUGGGCGAUGUGUUUGCAAUGGCCAUGCUGACGUAUGUCAGGCAAGCAAUCCUGAGAAACUGUUUCGGUGUGACUGUCAACACCACACGUGUGGGGAGACGUGUGACCGCUGCUGUGAGGGCUACAACCAGAGGCAGUGGUGGCCGGCCACUUCUGAGCAGACCAAUGAGUGUGAAGCAUGCAACUGCCAUGGCCACGCCACUGACUGCUACUAUGAUGCAAAUGUUGAAAAGCAGCAGGCAAGCUUGAAUACUCAAGGCAUCUAUGCAGGCGGAGGGGUCUGCAUUAAUUGUCAGCACAACACAGCUGGGAUAAACUGUGAAAUGUGUGCGAAGGGUUAUUACCGCCCUCACGGUGUUCCGGUCGAAGCCCCACGCGGCUGCAUCCCUUGCAGCUGUAACCUUGAACGUGCGGAUGGCUGUGAGCAGGGCUCUGGCCGCUGUUACUGCAAGCUGAACUACCACGGAGACCACUGUGAGGAGUGUGCCAAUGGAUAUUAUGAUUUCCCGUCCUGCUUAAAAAUGCCCACUUUCCCCAUUUCUACUCCCAGUUCUGAAGAUCCAGUAGCAGGAGAUAUAAAAGGGUGUGAAUGUGACUUGGAAGGCGUUCUCCCUGAAAUAUGUGAUGCCCGGGGAAGGUGCCUCUGCCGCCCUGGGGUGGAGGGCCCUCAAUGUGAUACCUGCCGCUUAGGUUUUUACUCAUUCCCCAUCUGCCACGCCUGCACAUGCUCACCACUUGGCUCCUACCAGACACCAUGCAACCCAGAGACAGGGCAGUGUGACUGCCGCCCGGGAGUGACAGGACAGCGCUGCGACCGGUGUCUCUCAGAGACCCACGUGUUCCCGCACUGCCAAGGCGUCAGCAGUGACUGUGACAUCGCUGGUACCACCAAGUCCAGUCCGGGGUAUUGUCAAUGCAAGCUUCAUGUUGAAGGCCCCACUUGUAGUGCCUGUAAACCAUUAUAUUGGAAUCUGGCCAAGGAAAAUCCCAAUGGCUGCACAGCGUGCCAGUGUAACUUGGUGGGAACUGUGAGUGGAAUUGGAGAAUGUGGGCAGGGAGAUGGUGGCUGUCAUUGCAAGCUCCACGUCUGGGGUGAUUCCUGUGACACAUGCAAAGAUGGAUAUUUUGCUUUGGAAAAGAGCAAUUACUUUGGGUGUCAAGGGUGUCAGUGUGACGUUGGCGGUGCUCUGAGCCCCAUGUGCAGUGGGCCCUCCGGAGCGUGCCAGUGCCGAGAGCACGUGGUGGGGAAGACGUGCCAGCGACCUGAAACCAAUUACUAUUUCCCGGAUUUGCAUCAUAUGAAGUAUGAGAUAGAAGAUGGCACUACACCUAAUGGAAAUGACGUUCGCUUUGGAUUCGAUCCCCUGGAAUUCCCUGGGUUUAGCUGGAGAGGAUAUGCCCAGAUGACCACAGCUCAGAAUGAAGUACGAAUCAUGUUCGAUGUAGGGAAGUCAAAGCUCUCCUUAUUUCGUGCUGUUCUGAAAUAUAUUAACCCUGGAACGGACACUGUACUUGGCUAUAUAACUAUUUAUCCAUCCUGGGCAAAGGCAGGUGCUGUGCAAAGCAAAAAAAUCAUCUUCCUGCCCAGUAAGGAGCCAGCCUUUGUCACCAUCCCUGGAAAUGGCUUCUCAGACCCCUUUUCACUUGCACCAGGAACCUGGACUGCUUGCAUUAAGGCAGAGGGAGUCUUCCUGGACUAUCUGGUGCUGCUGCCCAGGGACUUCUAUGAGGCGUCGGCGCUGCAGCUGCGGGUCACAGAACCGUGUGCCUUUUCAGGACCUGCCCAAGACAAUUGCCUGUUGUAUCAGCACCUGCCUGUGACCCGAUUCUCCUGUGCCCUGGCUUGUGAAGCCAGCCACUUCCUGCUGGAUGGGGAGCUGAAACCCUUGGUGGCGAGGCAGCUCACCCCAGCACACCCCGUCAUGGUGGACCUCAGUGGGAGAGAGGUUGAGCUACAGCUGCGGCUGCAUGUCCCACAGGUGGGCCACUAUGUCAUCGUGGUAGAGUAUGCCAUGGAAGUCAGCCAGCUGUCCACGGUUGAUGUGACUGUCAAGAGUCCUGGGAUUGUCACCACUGGCCAAGUGAACAUCUAUAGCUGCAAAUACAGCGUGCUGUGCCGCAGCGCCGUGACCGAUCACGCUCACCGCGCAGCAGUGUAUGAGCUCCUGGCAGAGGCAGACAUCCACCUGAAGGCGCGUAUGGCCCCGUUUCUUCUGCACCAAAUUUGUCUCAUACCAAUUGAAGAAUUCUCAACUGAAUACGUGAGACCUCAAGUUCACUGCAUUGCCCGUUACGGGCAGUUUGUAAGACAAAGUGCCACCUGUGUCCCCAUGGCUCCAGGAACUCCUCCAACAGCGUUAAUUUUGGUUGCUCCAAGUGGUAGGCUUUCCCCCCUUCUGUCCCAACAUCCUUCACCUUCUGGAAUCACUUUGAAGAUGCCACAGAACCAGGUCACCCUGAGGGGCCGAGUACCACAGCUGGGCCGAUACGUCUUUGUCGUCCAUUUCUAUCAGCCAGCGUUCCCAACGUUCCCUGCACAAGUAUUUGUGGAUGGAGCCCAGCAGCAGUGGUCAGGUGAGUGGCCGUGAGCAGGUUCCUUCCUUGCCUCGUUUUGUCCACAUGUCCUUGGCUGCCAAGAUCAAGUCAUCUCCGGAAGCCAGGUUGCGUUUGACAUUUCAGAGCCUGAAGUUGGCGUGACUGUGCAAGUUCCAGAAGGAAAGUCCUUAGUUUUGGUCCGUGUCCUGCUGGUGCCUGUGGAGAAUUAUGACUCUCAAACACUCCACAAAGAAGCCCUGGAUAAAUCGGCAGAGUUUGUCAACAGCUGUGGAGGAAACAGUUUUUAUAUUGACCUCCAGACAGCAUCUGGAUUCUGUAAGAACUCCGCCCAGACCCUGGUAGCCUUGUACCAUGAUGGUGCACUGCCCUGUGAAUGCCACCCUGCUGGAGCCCUGGGCCAGGCUUGCAGCCCUGAGGGUGGACAGUGCCCAUGUCGGCCCAACAUCAUCGGGCGGCGGUGCACCCGCUGCCAGACGGGCUACUACGGAUUCCCGCACUGCAGGCCGUGCAGCUGUGGCCGACUCCUCUGCCAGGAGAUGACAGGAGUGUGCCUCUGUCCACCUCGCACGGUCAGGCCCCAGUGCGAGGUGUGUGAAAUGCACACCUUCAGCUUCCACCCCUUGGUCGGCUGUGAGGGCUGUAACUGCUCCAGGAGGGGCUCCGUGGGGGCUGCCACCCCUGAAUGCGACAAGGACAGUGGGCAGUGCAGGUGCAAGCCCAGGAUCACAGGGCGACAGUGUGACCGGUGCACUCCUGGAUUUUACCACUUCCCCGAGUGUGUUCCUUGCAACUGCAACCGAGAAGGGACAGAGCCAGGAGUGUGCGACCCGGAGACUGGAGCGUGCCUCUGCAAGGAAAAUGUGGAAGGUGCAGAAUGUAAUGUGUGCCGAAAAGGUUCAUUUUAUUUGGAGCCAGCCAAUCCCAAGGGCUGUACCAGCUGCUUUUGCUUUGGAAUCAGUACUCAUUGCACCAGCACACAUAAGCGAAGGACGAAGUUUGUGGAUAUGACGGGCUGGCGCCUGGAGAUGGCUGAUCACAUGGACAUCCCCACUUCAUUCAACCCGGGCAGCAACAGUGUGGUCGCGGACAUCCAGGAGCUGCCUGCAACAGUACUCAGUGUGUGGUGGGUGGCCCCGCCGUCAUACCUGGGGGAUAAGGUUUCUUCAUAUGGUGGCUACCUCACUUACCAAGUCAAGUCAUUUGGCUUGCCCAGCGAUAUGAUCCUUCUAGGAAAGAAGCCAGACGUGCAAUUGACUGGACAUCAGAUGUCACUGGUCUAUGAGGAGCCGAACAACCCCCGGCCAGACCGGCUGUAUUAUGGACGCGUGCAGCUGGUGGAGGGGAACUUCAGACAUGCAGGCAGCAGCGCACCCGUGUCUCGGGAAGAGCUGAUGAUGGUGCUGUCUAGACUGGAAGGCGUGCGGAUCCGAGGCCUCUAUUUCACCGAGACCCAGCGGCUCACCCUGGGCGAGGUGGGGCUGGAGCAGGCCUCCGACUCAGGAAGUGGAAGCGUAGCACAUCAUGUAGAGAUGUGUGCCUGCCCCCCUGACUAUGCUGGUGACUCAUGCCAGGGUUGCAGCCCUGGAUACUAUCGGGAUAACAAAGGCCUGCACGCAGGACGCUGUGUUCCCUGCAGUUGCAACGGGCACUCUAAUCGAUGCCAGGAUGGCUCAGGAAUCUGCAUUAACUGUCAGCACAACACGGCGGGGGACCACUGUGAACGCUGCAGCGAGGGCUACUACAGGAGUGCCGUGCAUGGACACUGCAGCGUCUGUCCUUGUCCUCACACAAACAGUUUUGCCACCGGCUGUGUCGUGAAUGGAGGGAACGUGAGGUGCUCCUGCAAACCUGGAUACACAGGAACACAGUGUGAAAGGUGCGCACCAGGAUAUUUCGGGAAUCCCCAGAAGUUUGGAGGUAGCUGCCAGCCAUGCAGUUGUAACAGCAAUGGCCAGUUGGGCAGUUGUGACCCCUUGACUGGAGACUGCUUACACCAGGAACCUCGAGAUAGUGGCCCUGGAGAAGAAUGUGAUGACUGUGACAGCUGUGUGAUGACACUCCUCAAAGACCUGGCCACAAUGGGAGACGAGCUCCGCCUGGUCAGCUCCCAGCUGCAGGGCAUAAGUGCCAGUGCAGGGGCGCUGGAGCAGAUGCAGCGCUUGGAGACCCAGACCAAGGACCUGAGGGAUCAGUUGCUAAUCUACCGUUCUGCCAUUUCCAAUCACGGAUCAAAGAUGGAUGGCCUGGAGAAAGAACUGAGCCAUCUGAAUCGUGAAUUUGACACUCUGCACGAGAAGGCUCAAAUUAAUUCCAGAAAAGCACAGACGUUGUACAACAAUGUUGAUCAGACAAUCCAAGGUGCAAAAGAACUAGACUCAAAGGUUAAAAACAUCAUCAGGAACGUGCACAUUCUCAUUAAGCAGAUAUCUGGGGCAGGUGGAGAAGGCAACAGUCUACCAGCAGGAGAUUUUUCCAGAGAGAUGGCAGAAGCAGAGCGCAUGAUGAGGGAAAUGCGGAACCGAAACUUCGCAAAGCAUCUGCAAGAAGCUGAGGCUGAAAAGAGGGAGGCUCAGCUCUUGCUGAGUCGGAUAAGGAGCUGGCUGGAAAACCACCAGGUGGAGAGCAAUGGGCUUGUUCGGAAUAUUCAGAAUUCUUUAAAUGAAUAUGAAGCCAAGCUCAGUGACCUUCGUAGCGCACUACAGGAAGCAACUACACAAGCCAAGCAGGCUGCUGACCUCAACCAAGACAAUGAGAGAGCUUUGGAAACCAUCAAGAGACAAGUUAAAGAAAUCACUUCCCUACAAAGUGAUUUCACCAAGUACCUUACCACUGCCGACGCCUCCUUACUGCAAGCCAACAACAUGCUGCAGCUGAUGAAGAAAAGCCAGGAGGACUAUGAAAAGUUAGCUGCCACCUUAAAUGGAGCAAAACAAGAACUAAGUGUCAAGGUGACAGAACUUUCCCAAUCUGCCAGCAAAGAAGCUCUGGUGGUGGAGGCGGAAAAGCAUGCUCAGGCCUUACAGGAGCUGGCAAAGCAACUGGAAGAGAUCAAGAGAAAUACCAGUGGAGAUGAUCUUGUCCGCCGUGCAGUGGAUGCUGCUACUGCCUAUGAGAACAUCAUCAACGCCAUCAAAGCGGCUGAGGAUGCAGCCAACAAGGCCAUGAGUGCGUCUGAGUCUGCUCUCCAGACAGUGAUAAAGGAAGAUCUUCCAGGAAAAGCCAAAACCCUGAGUUCUGACAGUGCUAAGUUGUUAGCAGAAGCCAGGAUAACCCAGAGGAAGCUGCAUCAAGAAAUCAGCCCGGCUCUUAACAACCUUGAGGAAACCCUGAAAAUUGUGACUGUUCAGAAAGAGCAGAUAGAAGCCAACCUCACUACUGUCCGGAAAGAUCUUCGGGGGAUACAGAGAGAUGACGUUGAUGGUAUAAUCAGCAGAGCCAAGAGCAUGGUCCAAAAUGCCAAUGACAUCACGAGUGAGGUUCUGGAUGGGCUCAGCCCCAUUCAGACAGAUGUGGACAGAAUUAAGGAUACCUAUGGGAGCGCGCAGAGUGAAGACUUCACCAAGGCUCUGACUGAUGCAGAUAAGUCAGUGACAAAAUUAACCAACAGACUGCCUGAUCUUUUCAGCAAGAUUGAAAGCAUCAACCAACAGCUGUUGCCACUGGGUAACAUCUCUGACAAUAUGGACCGCAUCCGAGAACUGAUUCAGCAGGCCAGAGAUGCUGCAAACAAGGUUUCUAUUCCCAUGAGGUUCAAUGGUAAAUCAGGAGUUGAAGUCCGACUUCCAAAUGACCUAGAAGAUUUGAGAGGAUACACGUCUCUGUCUAUGUUUCUCCAAAGACCUGCCUCACAACAAAAUGAGGGGACUGAGAAUAUGUUUGUGAUGUACCUCGGGAAUAAAGAUACCUCCAAGGACUACAUCGGCAUGGCUGUCAUCAAUGGCCAGCUCACAUGUGUCUAUAACUUGGGAGAGGAUGAGGCUGAGCUCCAAGUCGACCAGACCUUGACGGAGAGUGAGAAUCAGGAGGCAACGAUGGACCGGGUGAAAUUUCAGAGAAUUUACCAGUUUGCAAGACUUAAUUAUACCAAAAAGGCUACAGCCCAUAAACCAGAAGCACCCCAAUACCGUGACAUGGAUAGUGGGAGUAGCAACACGCUUCUCAACUUGGACCCUGAAAAUGUUGUGUUUUAUGUUGGUGGUUACCCACCCAAUUUUAGACUUCCCAGGAGAUUAAAUUUCCCUCCUUACAAAGGUUGCAUUGAGUUGGAUGAUCUCAAUGAAAAUGUUAUGAGCUUGUACAACUUCAAAAAAUCCUUCAAUCUUAACACAACUGAAGUGGAACCUUGUAGAAGGAGAAAAGAAGAGUCAGACAAAAAUUUCUUUGAAGGUACAGGGUAUGCUCGAAUUCCAACUCAACCGAAUGCGCCCUUCCCAAUCUUUACCCAGACCAUUCAGACGACUGUGGACAGAGGUUUGCUGUUCUUUGCUCACAACCAGGAUAACUUUGUAUCUCUAAGCAUAGAAGAUGGCAAGCUUAUGCUGAGAUACAAAAUGGAUUCAGAGCCACCAAAAGAAAGUAGAGGUAGAAACAUUAUAAGUGAUGGGAAAGAUUAUAAGGUUCGGAUCCACUUUGCCAAGCCCCGAAAAGUUGUGUUCGUAAAUGUGAAUUCUGAAAGAGUUCAAAUUAACAGUGAAAUAUUUGAUUUCGACAUAUACUACCUGGGUGGAAUUCCAAUUUCACUCAGGGAAAGGUUUAACAUUUCUACACCUGCUUUUCGAGGCUGCAUGAAUAAUCUAAAGAAAACUACUGGUGUUGUCAGGUUGACUGACACUGUAGGAGUAACAAAAAAAUGCUCGGAAGACUGGAAGCUUGUACGAACAGCCUCUUUCUCCAGAGGAGGAACUUUGGGUGUCACCAGUGCAGACAUCCCAUUCCCCAACAACUUCCAAGCCUCAUUUGGGUUUAAGACCCUUCAGCCUAGUGGAAUAUUAUUAAGCUCUCCAACCCAGCCCAACAGACUGCAGAUCACUCUGGAAGAAGGUCACAUUGAACUCAGCACCCCGGACAGCAGAAAUCCUGUCUUUAGAUCUCCAAAGACAUAUAUGGACGGCCUGCUGCAUUACGUAUCUGUGAUAAAUGACAAUUCUGGACUCCAGCUCCUGGUGGAUGACAAGCCUCUGAAAACUAACCUGCGGCUACAGGGAUUUUUAAAUUCCCAGCAGUCCACACGUCUGGGUGGGAGUGAUUUUGAGGGUUGCAUAACAAAUAUUUUUGUCCAGAGAUUAUCACAGGGCCCCGAGGUUCUAGAUUUGAUCAACACUACUUCCAAGAGAGACGUGUCCGUCGGAGGCUGCAGCUUAAACACACCACCUUUUCUAAUGUUGCUUAGUGGUUCGACCAAGUUCCGCAAACCCAAGACCUUGAGGCUCAGCCUGCCACUGCAGGACAUGCCAGUGGCUUCCCUGAGGAGCUGGGAGAUGUGGAGAGAUGCACAGACCUGCCAGCCACCUGCCUUGGCCAAGGCCAGUUACGGAGCCCUUCGGUUUGGGGAAAGUCCCACCAGCCAUUUGCUGUUCGCCCUUCCCCAGGAGUUUCUGACACCCAGUUCACAAUUUGCCAUGGACGUGCAAACAACAUCAUCCAGAGGGCUAAUAUUUUACGCGGGGACAGAGAACUCUUUUAUGGCCCUUUAUCUUUCAAGUGGAAGGCUGAUGUUAGCAUUUGAAGCAGAGGGACAAAGACUGAAACUCAGAAGCAGACAGGAGUGUGACGACGGGAGAUGGCAUGAGGUGGUGUUUGGGCAAGAUGGAAAAAUGGGUCGUUUAGUUGUGGAUGGUCUGAGGGCUCGAGAAAGAAGGUUUCCUGGAAAUUCCACCUUCAGCAUCAGAACCCCAGUUUAUCUGGGCUCCUCCCCAUCAGGAAAACCAAAGACCCUUCCCCAGUCCAGCUUUGUGGGAUGCCUGAAGAACUUUCAGUUGGACUUAAAGCCCUUGGAUAUUCCCUCUGCAGGCUUUGGAGUGUCUCCCUGCCUGGGGGAUUCUUUGGAGAAAGGCAUUUAUUUCUCUCAAGUAGGAGGCCACAUCAUCCUAGCUGAUUCUGUCGUGUUGGGUCCCGCAUUUGAACUUGUUUUCAGCAUUCGCCCACGAAGUCUCAAUGGGAUCCUAAUACACAUUGGCGAUCACUCUGAGAAGUAUUUAAGCACAUAUAUGGAGGCUGGAAAUCUCACAGUCGUGAUGAAGAGUGGCACAGGUGGGAUUAUGACAUCGAUCUUACCCAGCCAGCCUCUAUGUGAUGGACGGUGGCACACAGUGAAAGUCAUCAUUAAACAAGACACCCUGGACCUGGAAUUGGAUAACAACCAUGCAUCCAAGCGACUCACCUUAACACCGGCUGUCACUGAAGAGCCAGUCCACAUUGGAGAUAUCCCAGCCAAUUUGAAGACGCUGAACCUACCAAUGUGGAAAUCACUUUAUGGCUGUCUCAAGAAUAUCCACAUCAACCACAUUCCUGUCCAUGUCACUGAAGCUGCACAAGUCCAGGGGACUGUCAGUCUCAAAGGCUGUCCUGACCACUAA